AUGUGGAAAGAUAACAUAGAUCUUCAAAUAGAUAAACAGUUUAACAUGAUUAACUGCCUUGUUAAAUUAGACAGUGAAAAUGUUAGCACUUUAGUUACUUGUCUUUAUGGAGCUCUUAAUGAUGUUGACAAACUGAGACAAUGGGAUCACUUAAGAAAUAUUAGGAUGACCUACAAUAACCCAUGGAUUAUUAUAGGUGAUUUAAAUUUCAUAAUUCAUAGAGAUGAAAAAGAAGGUGGUAACCCUAUUAGCCAAACUGAGUUAGAUGAAAAUAAUCUUCUGUUGAGCACCAAUAAUCUUCACAAUAUGAACUACAUAGGGAACCCUUAUACAUGGUCCAAUAUGAGAAGUGGAGAUGAACAAAUUCUUGAAAGACUGGGUAGAAACUUAACCUCUAUGGAUUGGAAUGACCUUUAUCCUAAUGCUGCUCUUUAUCAUUUAAUUGCGUUGGGAGUGAUCAUUGCCCUAUAA